UUAUCUUGUUAACUCAGAGGAACUGAGAGCUCCUAUUGGCUAAUUGCUUGCACCCUCUUUUUGCUGUGUAGAAUAUAAAAACUGAGGAGUCUGAAAUACAAAGUAAACCCCUGUUCAAACCCAGAAUAAUUGCUACACUCUGCAAUGGAACCUCUGGGAGCAACAAGUGUUUUCCUGGUGAUUUGUGUCUCUUGCCUUCUUUUCCUUUCGGCAUGGAGAAAGGUGUCUGAAAGUGGGAAGCUGCCUCCUGGCCCUGUUGCUUUUCCCAUCAUAGGGAACACGCUGCAGCUAAAUACGAAGAAUUUACCCCAACAUGUAGAUGAGCUCAGUGAAAAGUACGGCUCGAUUUUCACAAUAUAUUUAGGCUCAGAACGGGUUGUGGUGUUGUAUGGAUAUGAGAUUGUGAAGGAAGCUCUCAUCGGUCUUGGGGAGGAGUUCAGUGGAAGAGGAAGUAUGCCAUUAUUUGAAAAAAUGGCACAGGAACCAGGUAUUGUUUUCAGCAAUGGGGAGCGGUGGAAGAAGCUCCGCCGAUUUGCCCUCACUAACCUGAGAAAUUUUGGGAUGGGGAAGAAAAGCAUUGAGGAGCGUAUCCAGGAAGAAACCCGUUUUCUAGUGGAAAGGCUCAGAAACACAAAUGCGCAGCCCUUUGACCCCACCCUCUUCCUCACCCACGCCGUCUCCAACAUCAUCUGCGCCAUCGUCUUUGGGGACCGGUUUGACUAUGAAGAUAAGAAGUUUGUGACUUUAAUAAAUCUCAUAGAGGAAAAUGGCAAGCUCCAGCGCUCCCCCUGGACAGCGCUGUACAAUUUUUUCCCGACUCUCAUGGAUUACAUGCCUGGGCCUCACCACAGGCUAUUUAAAAAUGGUUUGGAGUUCAGAAAAUUUGUUCUGGAGAGAGUGAAUAUGCAUAAAGAGUCUCUGGAUCCCAGCUGUCCUCGAGACUUUAUCGAUGCUUUCUUCAUCAAAGUGGAAGAGGAGCAAAAGAAUGGCCAGUCAGACUUUAAUGUGGGAAGUCUGGUACGAAGCACAGUAGAGUUAUUUAUUGCUGGAACGGGGACAACCAGCAUCACCAUGAAAUUUGGACUCCUGAUUCUUCUGAAAUACCCAGAAAUAGAAGAGAAAGUUCAUGAAGAGAUUGACCGUGUGAUUGGCCGAAGCCGAAGCCCCUGCAUGGCGGAUCGAAGCCAGAUGCCCUACACAGAUGCUGUGGUACAUGAAAUCCAGAGAUACAUCGAUCUUGUCCCAUUAGGUUUGCCACAUGCCGUGACUAGAGAUGUUCGUCUCAAACAGUACCUUAUUCCCAAGGGCACCACGAUAUUUCCUUCACUGAAGUCAGUUCUGUAUGACAGCAGGGAAUUCCCAAACCCAGAGCAAUUUAACCCGGGACAUUUCUUGGACGAAAAUGGUGCCUUUAAGAAGAGUGACUUCUUCAUGCCUUUUUCUGCAGGGAAGCGGAUUUGCGUGGGAGAGGGUCUGGCUCGGAUGGAGCUAUUUUUGCUACUGACAACGAUUUUGCAGAACUUUACCUUGAAACCUGUCGUUGAUCCCAAAGACAUUGAUAUAACGCCAGUAACGACUUUUGUGUCAAAUGCACCAAAAUCAUACCAGCUCUGUGUUCUUCCUCGGUAAAGGUUACCUCAAUAUCCCCAGACCUGUGCAUGCAUUUGAUUGUCUUUGAUUCUGGACUCAUUUACACAGUGACAGAAAUGAACUCAUUGUCUUGAAACAGAUAAGUUGCUAGUUUUUUAUGUAACUUGGAUUUAACAAUAUUAAGUAUAAUAUAAAAAAUUAACCAUACAAUUGACUCAAAAAGCCAUGUACAAUAAUCGUGUAGUGUUCUCAGACAGGCUCAGGUGUGACAAGAAGCUGGGUAUGUGUUGGGUUCAUUUGUGGUGACAACUAUGGAACUUCUUUAGGCAGCUGUAAGGCUACUUUAUUGACAAGGAGUUAGUAACAGUGUCCAGACCUUGUUCUCUGACCAGCCAAUGAGAAUAAAUUGUGAUGAUGUAAUACUUUUGGCUUGGUAUUCUACUUUGAUAGGCGGAGUUUCUGUGGCUUCAGACUGAACUAGUGUUUUCCCUCCCCUGCUUGUUCAUGGAAUUUAAACUAAGCACAGU